UCGCAGUCGUUACUCUGUUGCCGCACACGCUCGCGCCGCUGCCUCCACCGUCCUUCCGCCGACUGCCGCCACAAUGACAUUCGUCAAGAGUUCCACGUACCAGCUCUUCGAUCUCAGCAUGGGGGUUGCGAGCCAGUCGACGCAGUUCUUCUCGGUUGCGGACUAUUUGGUGUUUGGAGGGAUGCUGGCUGUAUCUACGGGCAUUGGGCUCUACCACGGCUGCCGCAAGAGAAAGGAAGCCAGUCAGGACAGGACGGGAGAAUUCCUCACAGGAAAUGGCCAGAUGAGCACCGUUCCGGUAGCAUUGUCCAUGUUGGCGAGCUUUCUGUCCUCAAUAACAUUAAUGGGGCAACCAGCAGAAGUGUACAUUUUUGGCCCACAGCUGUGGUUGUUUGGAAUUGCUAUGCUACUCAGUAUUCCAGCUGUCUGCUACAUUUUUAUUCCAUUUUACCACAGAAUUAAAUGUACAUCAGCUUAUGAGUACUUUGGGACAAGAUUCCACAAAAAUGUGCAGCUCCUUGCAUCUGUUCUCUUCACAGCUCAGAUGGUACUAUAUUUAGCACUAGUACUUUAUGCACCUGCUGUUGCUCUCUAUCAAGUCACUGGCCUGAAGACUGAAAUAAUAGUUUCUGUGAUGUACAUAGUGGUUAUAUUCUACACAACAAUAGGUGGAAUAAAAGCAGUGGUAUGGACAGACUGUUUUCAAGUAUUUGUCCUCUUCAUCUCCAUGAUAGCAGUUCUUACAAAAGGAACAAUAGAUAUUGGUGGACCAGAAGUAGUGUGGAUGAGAAAUGCAAAAGCUGGUAGAACAGAGUUCUUCAAUUGGAAUUUUGAUCCUACAGAGAGAUACACGGUUUGGUCAUGUUUGAUUGGAGCAGGAUUUCUUCACAACACAGUUUAUGGUGCGAAUCAGUUGCAAGUUCAGAGGUAUCUCACUGUCAAAACUGUCAAUAAAGCUAGACAAAUGAUGUGGAUAAAUGUAGUUGGUUGGACAGCCAUUGUUUUCCUGACAGUGUAUGCAGGGAUGCUAAUAUUUGCAAGGUACCAUGAUUGUGAUCCUAUUACAUCACAGAUGGUGAAGAAACCAGAUCAGCUUUUUCCUCUUUAUAUAAUGGACACCUUGAGUGACUAUCCAGGAUUCCCCGGUGUUUUUGUUGCUGGGAUAUUUAGUGCUGGACUGAGUACUGUCUCAACUGGCCUGAAUUCACUUGCUGCUAUAUGGUUUGCAGAAAUGGAUGGCUCAAAUUUUAAGAAGAAAUUGAAUCAGUCCAGGGCAGCAUUAACAGUAAAACUGCUUGCCUUAUUGUUUGGACUACUUUCAUUUGCUUUAGUGUUUGCUGUACCAUAUAUGGGUGGUCUUGUGCCAGUUGCAGUGUCUCUAUCAGGAUUCUUUUCUGGAGCAUUAUUUGCUCUUUUUCUUUUGGGAAUGUAUGUUCCAUGGGUAAAUGCAGUGGGUGCAGCAGCUGGAAUGAUAUUUGGUAUUGGCAUACCAGCCUGGUUAGCUACUGGAAGCAACAUAGCAUCUGAAAAAGGGUAUGUCCCAAAUGUGCUUCCUGUUUCAACGCAUAACUGUUCAAAGAAUACAACAAUUCUGCCACAAUAUGUAAGGAUUAAUGAUGAGAUUUUUUAUCCAUACAAAAUAUCAUUUCUUUGGUAUUCACUUAUCUCAAUCAUAUUGACACUUCUCUUUGGUUUGGGAGUCAGCUGGCUUUUCAAUUUUGAAUGUUUUCAAAGACAGAAACUGUGCAAUAUCAAACUCAGAAGCUUGACACAAAGAACAACAGAAAUGGAACAUCAAACUCUUUCUGCUACAAGUGAGGAGUCAAACAAAUUAUUAAUAGCAGAAGGAAACACUGACAAAGAUUUGUACAGACAGAGUUGAAAAUAUCUAGCACCUAAGGAAGUAAUAUUUGUGUGUGUGUGUGUGGUGUGGUGUGUGUGUGUGUGUGUGUGUGUGUGUGUGUGUGUGUGUGUGUGUGUUUAGUGCAAUUGUUUUUCUGACUCCUAGGUUAUGAGUAUAACUGGAUUGUUUACACAUAACAGUAUGUUGUUUGUGAAGAUAUGUUUUCAGUCUUUAACAAUAACGACCUAAAAUAUCAAUCUACUGUUGUAAUACAUAUCAACUAGCUUCCUUAUUAAUAGUAUAAUACUAUUAUUAGUAUAAAAUAGUUGUAUCCUGCUCAAAUUUUGUACAAAUUUUUUGUGUGACUGUGUGAUGAUGUGACAUUAGUAACUUAAUUCUUUUCAAUUACCUAUGGAACUGCCAGUCAAAUGCAAUGUAAAAAUAAAAUAGUAGCCCAUUGUAUGUAAUCCUGAGAUGAAAUCCAAAUGUAUAUUCUUGACAGUAUAAACAAUAUUUCAGAGGAACUAUAAAUAUUUUAGUAGAACAGUUUUGUGUUAAAAAGUUCAUUUAACCAUAUAUCCAAGCUUGGUGGGUCCUGUAUUUCAGGAAUCUGAAUGUUUCACAUGGGAGGAAUACUACUAAAACCAAUUGAGAUUCCACAGCUACAGUAUCAAAGCAGUCUGCCUCUUUUUCCUUUGCCAUUCUUUCAAUAACAGUGGCAAUUCAUGUUGCAGGAAGUCUCAUAUAUGAGCCUUGUAAAACGCGUAGGACAGUAGAUCCAGUCAACCAAUUGUCAAUUACACAACAUUACACAUUUACAAAAAAAUCUUGAAAAUAUGUUUUCAGAAUACUAUGUGGACUUGCAAUGAAUCAUUGAUAUGAGUUGUUGAAUCCAUCUCAUGUGGAAGAGACUUCCUCAGUUCAUGAUAAUCACACAGUCACUCAAAUAUUAGCAGUUACCCAUUGCCAAAAUUACAAUCACUGAGCUUCAUCAUUUACCUACAAGUGUUGCAACCACUGAUGUAGGUAAGGGAUAUAAACCAUACUGAGAUACUGUUAGCCAUACUUUAAAAUGUGGAUACCAAUAGAAGUUGACAGUUGUUAUAGUUCUACAAUUUAUUGACUGCAGAGUGGUUUGUUCCUAAUCAAAAUUUAACUGGACUAAAUAGCCUUCAGUUUGGUACUCUGCAGAUAUAAAACUCUCCUUGUAUUUCUUAUAAAUAGCAAGAGAAUUUCCAUCA